AUGACUGCUAAUCUGAGCUGUCUGAUUGAACUAAUUCAACAUUUAAUCCUUCUGAAACUUGUAGUGAAGAAGAGGAGAAACUGGCACAGACAUGACUACACAGAGCCAGAUGAUGGCUCCAAACCAGUGCAGGCUGGAACACGGACCUUUGUUAAACAGCUGCGGGCUCGCUCUUUCCCCAGUGCUGAUGAAGUAAUUUUGAAAAUGCAUGGAAGCCAGUUAACACAAAGAUACCUGGAGAAACAUGGGUUUGAUGUUCCCAUUAUGGUUCCUAAAUUAGAUGGUCUGGGACUCAGACUUCCUCCACCAACUUUCUCUGUUUUAGAUGUGGAACGCUAUGUAGGUGGUGACAAAGUGAUAGAUGUCAUAGAUGUAGCCAGACAAGCAGACAGUAAAAUGAAGCUCCAUAAUUACAUUAAGUACUUCACAAAUCCUGACCGACCCAAAGUAUUGAAUGUGAUCAGCCUGGAAUUCUCGGACACAAAGAUGUCUGAAUUAGUGGAAGUACCAGACAUUGCCAGAAAGCUUUCGUGGGUGGAAAAUUACUGGCCAGAUGAUUCUGUCUUCCCUAAGCCUUUUGUUCAGAAGUAUUGCUUGAUGGGUGUCCAGGACAGCUAUACUGAUUUUCAUAUUGAUUUUGGAGGAACAUCAGUUUGGUACCACGUUCUCUGGGGUGAGAAGAUAUUCUAUUUGAUCAAGCCCACUGAUGAAAAUUUGGCUCUCUACGAGUCCUGGAGUUCAUCUGUCACCCAGAGUGAAGUGUAUUUUGGGGACAAGGUUGACAAGUGUUACAAGUGUGUUGUGAAGCAAGGACACACUUUAUUUGUUCCAACAGGCUGGAUUCACGCUGUGCUCACAUCUCAGGAUUGUAUGGCUUUUGGAGGAAACUUUUUGCACAACCUCAACAUUGGCAUGCAGCUCAGGUGUUAUGAAAUGGAGAAGAGACUAAAAACCCCGGAUCUUUUCAAAUUUCCCUUCUUUGAAGCCAUCUGUUGGUUUGUGGCCAAAAACUUACUGGAAACAUUGAAAGAACUGAGGGAAGAUGGUUUCCAGCCUCCAGGCUAUUUAGUGCAAGGAGUGAAGGCUUUACUUACUGCUUUAAAAUUAUGGAUGAAAAAGGAACUUGUAACAGAACAUGCCUUUGAAAUUCCAGACAACAUUAGGCCUGGGCAUCUCAUCAAAGAGCUCUCUAAAGUGAUUCGUUCUGUAGAGGAGGAAAACAGCAAAUUAGUUAAAACUCAGGGAAUUCUUGGUGUGUCUCCAAGUUCACGAUCUUCACAUGAAACAGCUUCCCCUCAUCACUCCAGACGAAGGGUGAGGAAGCUGAGAGACCAUGCUACCAAAACUCCUUCUAAUCUGGACAUCCUGGAACUCCACACCAGGGAGGUGCUGAAAAGGCUGGAGAUGUCACCUUGGGAAGAGGAUAUCACAAGCUCAAAACUGAAUGGGAGGUUUAACAAACCCUUUCAGCCCUCUUCUACAGUACCUGAGUGGAGAACAAAAGACAAUGAUCUUCGCCUUCUGCUGUCAAAUGGAAGAAUAAUUAGAGAUGAGAGACGUCCAUUUACAGAUCGAAGUCUUUACACAGCAGACAGUGAAGAUGAAGAUGACAGGACAAGGUCAAAAAAGACAGCUGUUAAGGUAGAAGACCAGCCCUCAGGAUUUGAAGGAGAAGGGAAUGCUGAUGCCCAGAAACCACUGAACAUGUUCUUUGAAAGUGUGAAAUCAGAACUCAGGAAUGGAUCCUCAGAGUACUCUGAUAUUUCUGAUUCAGAAGAAUCUGAGCCUGAUUGCACUACACAGCAGAAGGAUUCCUCCAUAGAGGAGUCAGAAAGCUCAGGUGAUGAAGAGAAGCAGGAAGUAACAUCAAACUUCAAAGAGGACUCUAAGGUCACAAGAGACCUUUGUCAAAAUACCCAGAAGCCAUCUAGAAAUGAAACUCCCAGUAAAAAGGAAUGUCCUACCUCGACAAGUACAGAAGAAGAAGCUAUUCAGGGCAUGCUUUCUAUGGCAGGAUUGCACUAUACUACAUGUUUACCAGGUCAUACUCAAAGCACAGACUGCACAAAUAAAAGAACCUCUCUUCAGGAACACAGAAGCUACCCCAGGAGUCGGCAUAAAGACAGACAGCCAUCUCAGAGCCACAGAGCCAUAGAAUGUGGUAGGUCUGUGAAGGAGGAGGAAGGAGACUUGGGAACUUCAGCAUGGACUAGACACCUGAAUGAAGCUUCAAGGAUUGCCCCUCAGGAUGCAAAUAAAACUCAAAAAUAUAUCAAGAAGGAGGGUGCAUCAGAAGCAAGUCUUAAGGUUCAGGAAAACAGAAGCAUAGUCCACAGCAACAGCUUGAGUUUUCAGCAUGGCAAAUACACACGAGACUCCAGCCUGGUGCAAGCAGAAUGUCAGCUGAGUGAUGGCAGCCUUAGCCCUGACAGGCCCUAUGGUGAAACAUCCCUGUCUGUACCACUGCACCCAACAAAGAGGCCAGCAUCAAACCCACCCCCCAUCAGCAACCAGGCAACAAAAGGCAAACGUCCAAAGAAAGGAAUGGCAACUGCGAAACAGCGCCUUGGGAAGAUCCUGAAGCUGAACCGGAAUGGCCAUGCACGCUUCUUUGUUUAAUGUAGCUGCUACUCCUACUACUGCUCUUUCCUACACAGACCAGUAUUGAGGGCAACAGAGCCUGGAGCUGCUGUUAUUCCUCUGCUUGAAGCAGACUUGCAUGUACCAUAGAAAACACUGCCUGAUGAACAAAAGAAAGAAAAAGGAAAAAAAAAAAAGGAAAAAGAAAAAAAAAAACAAAAACACACAAAAAAAACCAACCCAAUGCUGCAUUUUCACUGUGCCACACCUGCUCAGCAAUAACCAUUCGGGAACGGGGAAAUCUUCAGAGAGACAUGGACUGUGAGAAAUAGUCUCUCAUCAGGGCUUGAAUAUAAUUUGUUGCUGGUAGUUUCUGACCUAAAUUAAUGAGGGGAAGAUGAUGAAGGUGGUUUAUCAAUAAUUUAUUUCUGAUAGAUUUUUCACAACUUUAAAAUUCAUUUAAGAAGCUAUUUAUUUGGAAGACUUUUUUCUGUGGGGGGUUAUUAAUUUAGAUUUAAUAAUGUGAAAGUUUUAAAUUGUUUUGAUAAUGUGUGUUUGGUGCAGUGGAGAGCCACAUUAAUUGUGAUUAGUCUGGACUCCUAAAUUUGAUAUUCAGGUUAUAGUCUUAAAUAGGGGUGAGAUGCAUUAUUAAUUAUUUUUUAAAUUAAGGCAUAAGGAAUCUUAUUUUUUUCCUGCUUUUUGUAAGCUAUUGGCUGGGCUUCUGUUGACUUGCAAGUUGCAUAUUCUCUGCCAGCUUGAUUAUUUUUUGACCUGUCCUUUUUAAUAUCAGAUUUAUUUAUUUAAUGGACUAGAAGAGACUCCUAAAGACAGAAGAAUUUUCUUAUGUCAGUCCAGUAGCUAACUUGUUUUGAACUGCACCUCUUUCCUCCAAAUCUGAGUACAUAUUUUCCUCCUGAUGAUCUGUCUGUGAUGAUUUUCUUCUGUAAAAAGAUUCCCUGAAAUUGUAUUUGUUCAAGUUAUUUAAGAGUGGGUACAAAGGAGGAAGACCCUAUAGAUCUUUUGGAGGAACGAGGACAUCAGUUGAGAUAAAUGUUUCUUCAGAACAGUAGCUCUCAAAUAACUCAUAAGAUACACAUUGCAGUCAUAAGAUUUGGCAUUUUACUUAAUGUAGCAUGGAAGAAGCAUUAAAGUGUUGUUAUUGUAUGUUAAACACAUUUUACUGAAGAGUCAUGAAAGCAGGAGAACAUGUUGCUUUCAGAGCUGGGCGAGACAGCAAAUUCAAAGUCUUAACUGGUCCAUAUAUUAUAAGCAUUUAAGUAGCUUACUGGUAUCAGAAUGAUCAUUUGUGUCAGGCUUCAUACAGAGCUGAUAGCAAAUGCCAAUUCUGAAUUAUUGUAAAUAAUUUUGAUUUAAAAUUUGUAUUUUUCUGUAAUAUAAAAUGAAAUAUUUAACUUUAGAGGGACGGGGAUGAAGGCGGAGAGGGGAAUACUUUUACUUGAUUCUGGAAAAAGGGCAUUUUGCAGGGUCCAGCCAAAAUGUAAACAUUAAUAUGCUGAUGACAACAAUAUUAUUGGUUGGUUGGGGUUUUGAUUUUGGUUUUUUUUUUUGAUGGGUAAGAGUAAAAAUAUUCCUGCAUAGCUGUCCAAGUAAUCAAAUUGAUUUCAAUUUUCGACACAAAUUUUUCCUUCCUCCAUAUCCUAUACUGGAAUAAUUUUCUCUUAUGGUUUAAAAGCAAAGUCAGUUUUAUUUUCUAGAAUACUUGUGCAGAGUUAUUUUUAUUUAGGCUAGAUUAUGAAUGCCUUUAGAAUUUUUUGGAAAUGGUUCUGAUGUUCUUUAUUACUGCAGGGUCAGAAUGAAUUAGCACUAUGUUAUCCUGUUUCUAAAUGGAGAAACAUCAAAAUAUAGUGCCACUGCAAAAAAGUCAGGUAGCUUUCAUAGCUUUACUUUAUCUGGAGCUUGAAAGUUGAGGCAUGAUUUUUGCAGCACCACUUUUACAUUAUGAUGACUUAACUUGUUCUGUGACUUGUAUGGGCCAAUUUUUAAACUUUUUUUUUGUUUGCUAAUUAAUUAAUGUUUCACGAAACCAAGCUUUUAGUCGUCUUAAUUUUUUUUUUAAUUUAACACAGGUUAUCAACCUUUAGAAUGUUGGAAAUGGAGGUAGUCAAGGAUUUCUUAAAAGCAGAAGAUAAGCUAAGAAGUAUUCUACAGGUGCUGAAAAUGACUAUAAGGACUUGCUGUUCUCAGGUGCUACGUUUUCUAGAUGGAAAUAGUUAAAAGAGAAUAUUUUAACUAUUUUCUCAUAUGUUCUCACCAAAGUAAGUCAAAUAAAUAAACUAUGUUGUCAAUAUUAGUUAAAAUUAUAUACCCAUAUAAAUUUUCUCUUAGUUUAAACUUGAGCAAAUGAUUUAAUGCCAGAUUUUGGAAACUGUUUUAGCUUUAGCAUAUUGAACCAAACUGUUUCCUUCCUGCUGACUGUACAAUUUCUAAUGAUGUAAAAUUCCAGUUUAGGGCAGCAGUUAGAUUCAGAGCAGAAUAAAGAAUGAGUCUCUCUCCUUAAAGACAGAUUUUUGUCUGAAGUAAAAGUAUGCCAGAAUAGAAUCUGGAGUAAGGAAUUUUAAAAUACAGAGUAUGCUUUCUUGUACAUGUGAUUGGUUUAUACAAAGUCUCUUUUCAUCCGUGCUAUUUAUCUUACUGUUGAAACAUAGAUAUGGCUGGACCCAUAUAUAUUAUUUCCUCUUGGUUUUAUCCUUUCUUUUACUCUAAUUUUUCUACCUUUUAUUUUCCAAGUGGCUCUCCACUGUCAUGAAUUUAUGUAAUAGUCUCUUCACAGGCUGUCAACAGGCAGAGGUUCAUUCCCAUUUUCUUCAAAUAUCCAUGCUUCCAGCAGAAGUUAAUCUGAUGUUCCAACUCAGAACAAGUAAUUCAAAAGAAAUUGCUGUGUUGAGCAGUAUUAAAAAAAAAAAAAAGAAAAACAACAAAGGAGGAAAAAAGAAAACUCCUGGUAGCUCAUGAAGAGGAUGUGGUGACCUCACUUGUUUUGUGUACUUGUAUGUAGAGAUAUAUUUGUUGUGUUCUAGCUGAAAUCACUUCUGCACCAAUCUUUCUGUAGAUGGACUGAACCUUGUGUUGUUGUAGUGGAGAGAAAAAGCCCAAUUUUUUUCCUUGCUGUCUCACUUGGGGUGGAAGAGGGAGGGAGUAGGGAGCACUGGCUGGACAACAGCAAAUUACACCUGCUAUGGUUUCACCUGUUUUCAAGGAUAAUGUUUUUUGAAAAGUCAGAGAACUCGCAUUUGGCAUAAAACUCAAUUUUAUUUUUUAAAUUUUUUGUAGGCAGAACAAUAGGAAAUGAAAUAUUGUAGGGGUUUUCCCACUCUCAAGUUCUCAUGUUCCUACAAUUGCAAAAAAAAAAAAAAGAAUCAAACAUGAAAAUGGAAAGACCACCUAGAAACUAUAUCAAAGACUCUUCCAGCAACUUUCCCUUUUCUUCUCCUACUAUACUUGCUAAUAAACCCUGGCUACAGGGUAGCCUUUGUUGACCUCUGAGGUAGAUUACCUAUGCAACCUGUAAUACUCUACAUGAAUUCAUUCUUAAAGAAAAUUUUGGAAGGGUUAGAUGUUGAGAGUUAAAAUUGUUUUCUGAUCACAUGGGGGGUUUGGGGGUUUUGAUUUUAUUUUUUAAAAAUUUUUGGUAGUUGAAGUGCUUGUGUUACCUUUGGUAGAGAUGUAAGAGAGCACAGUGUCAUGACCACAUUUUACAGCUUCAGCUUUCUCUGGGCUUUGCUCUAAGGCUUAAGCUACUCACAAGACCAUAGAAGUUAAGUGUUAAAAAUGUUUGCAGGAUUUCAAAGCCAGAGCUGGUGAGAAUCUUGCUUACCCCCUUUUUGGCAGCUGUGGAGACUAAGCAGGACUGAGACUAGAAUGACCCAGUGACUCUUUAGGCUCCACAUGCCCACCUGUCCCUUCACACUCCCACCACCACCCCCAAGCCUUGUGUCUUUCCAGAGUGUCAUUCACAUAAAUACUUCCAGACCAUUAAAAGCUGUUGGUAGUUCUGGGGCUGAGUGAGCCCAGUGCUACUCUUUGACAGAAGAAAUACAAAUGGAACCAAGGGCCUUACUAUUUAUCCUUAAACAAGAUGAAAAGCUGCAACAUCCAUUUUUCCAAAAAAUAAACCCAACUAAAAAGCCACCCUGGUAACCCUCUUUGUGGGAGAGUAUGAAUGAUAAGUCAUGCAGUGGAUGGGAAAUGAAAGUAGCACUGAUAAGGAGAUGCAUGUUCUUCAUAGGCUGCAUUUCUGUUUGGAAAAAAAAGGACUUUUUCUACUUUUAAUAUAAAUUAAGCCAUAAGAGUUUCAUGCUGUGGGAAGGGAAUGAAAGGGAUCACUUUAAGAGAUUAUAUUGAUAUGUAUUGUCACUUCUGCUGGGAAAUGUCUAUUGCUGCCAAUGCUUUGGUGAUUUUUUUUUUUUUAAAAAACCAAACAAACAUGGAAUUUGAAAAAAAAAAAAAAAAAAAAAAACAAACCACGGGGCUAGUUCUUGGCUAUAUUUACUAGUUUUGUAGUAAUGUUUUGCUGGCCCAUUUGUCUUUUCCUCCUUUUUCUACUCUCAUAGUCUAAUUUCUAUCUUUCCUUCUUAAUGUUUCUGAAAAUAUUAGCUUGUCUGCUCAGUAGGGGUCGGUGUAUGUGUGUCUUCCUUUUUACAGAAACGCACUACUGUGUUAAGUAUUUGGCUGGGAAAUGGGAUGCUGCAGCUUUAAGAGCAUUUUUUUCAAUUCAUAACAGUAUUUCCCAUCCUCUUUUGCCUGCAGGCAGGGAAAGUGUAUGUACAGUAUUUAUUUUGUUUUGAUUUUACUUUAAAUUUGUAAGUUUCUAUAAGUAGUUCACAUUGAUUAUUCUAGGGGAGGACAAGUGGCUUUGUUUAAAUUUGUAUUUGAUAUUCAUAGUUUCACUUUCUGUACUUCAAAAUACUGAAAUUAAAAAAUUGUAUGCUUAUGUUUUGAUUUUAGCACUUGAAAGUGUUUAAUUUCUUCAGACUUCUGCUCAUUUGCUUCAGUGUAAAUACAGUAAAAUGUACAGAAUGUCAUCAGGAGAAAAAUGCUUUUCUAGGUCCAGUCUCUGUGCCCUUUGCUUGUCACAUUUUAAAGAAGAAAUUUUGUGGAGAAAUGUGAGGGAAUAUUCUCAUACUUUUUUUUUUUAAAUUUUUUCCAAGUGCAAAUUUCAUUUCAAUCCAAGUAUAUUAUAUGGAAACUAAA